GUUUUCUAGUUUUGGAUAUGGAAAACAGAAAAAAACAUGAAUCGCACGUGACAGCGUCAACAAUCUUCGUAACCUAAGCCACUGUAUUCGAGAGGGAGCAUAGAUGGAGAGAGAAACUGGCGGGAAAAGCGUGAGGUCUAGGGAGGGAAAAUAAUUUACAGAAUAGCCCGACACUCUUUUCCAUAAAAUUCUCUCCCUCUCAACAGAUAUUGCUUCCCUUUUGAUUUCCAAAAUUAAAAACCAGAAAGUGUAUUUCCGAAAUGGAAACCCUAGGCAUACUUGAAGAGAUCGAAUCUCUCGUCUCUGAUAAGCUUGAAGUGGUUUCGUACAAGUGGCUGAGUCGGAAUUUUUUGGUUUCAUCAAAUGAUGCAAAGAGGUUGCUUCAAGAGUUUGCCGAGAAACAUAAAAGUGGUCUGGAAGUAGUAUAUGCUCUGUCCGGCUGGUUGAAAAACAAUCCUCAGAGUUACCAUAUAAGGCUUGUCUCGAGACCUAAACUUGAAGAGGCUAAAAAAGAAUUUGAUGGCAAUUGCUCAAUUCAUGUCUAUAGUGUACAACCUGCUAUCCCGAAGGAUCCAGCUGCCCUAUGGAAUGAUGAAUUUGUACAAGCAGAAGAGCUUUUUAGGCAGCCAAAUGUUGCUGAUAAUUGUUUAAGAGAUAACAGGUUUUGUGGGAUUCUUAAUCCCUUUGUUAAGCGCAAUGUAGCAGGAAAUCCUGUAAGCAAUGCAGUUUCACAGCCUAAAAGUGUGGGUAUCCCAGAGCCAUCCAAAAGUAAUUCUGCUCAUGAAAAUAUUAAAGUUCCACUUCAGCAAAUUAAAGAUGAGCAAUCAGGUCCAAUGGUUGGUAAGCAAUCUACCAUAUUGGUAAAGGACAUAAAAUCUGAAAGUCAUGAGACAGAAGAUCAAUCCUCCAAGCCUCAUGCAUGUGGAGAAAAAGUCUUGCCCACUAAUGAAAAGAAAGGUCAGGGUGAUAAAAGUUCCAGUUCAUUGGCAAAUUUAUGGGGUCGUGCAUCAGCAAAGUCAAAGCUCACUUCUGCAGAAGACAAUAAAAAUCUCGUUUCGAAUCCUAUUGCCAGUGCAGAAGCUCAAGUUUGUUCUUCUGAAGCAAUAGAAGAUCAGAGCAGUGCUGAUGAGGCUAAAGAUGUGAACUUUAAACGCACUUCUAAUGGUGAAGGUAGUAGAAAAAGGAGAGUAGUUUUUGAUUUCUCAGAUGAUGAGUAUGAAGAUGCAGUCAGCCUAGCAUCACCAGAAGCUCCAAAGGAGAAAAUGAAUAAAAUAUUUCUUUCUGAGAAACCCAAUGUCAACGGCCAAAUAGAAGAUAAAAGGGAAGUCAAGGAAGAAUCAUCAACUGACAAAGCACCUAAUCAAGUUCCAAGAGAAAAAAUUUCAGUUUCCAGCAAGAGAUUCAAUUCUAAUGACUCCUCUAAUGAAAAGAAGCAUAGCCCUAUCACUGGAGGGGAUGGUAAGGCUGAUAUAGUUACUAAUGAUCCCCCACAUUCACCCAAAAGGAGGAAAGUUUUGAAGACCCGUAUUGAUGAGCGUGGUAGAGAAGUAAAUGAGGUAGUCUGGGAAGGGGAAGAUACAGAAAAAAUUAAAGCUGACAGUAAUUCUCCGAAGAAUGCCGACAUUAAUGCACCGAAGAAAGCUGAAAAUAAUGCAAUUACGAGUACUGUCAACAACAGGGCACCUGUAGCUAAGAAGUCUCCUGCGGUCGGAAGUGGAGCUUCAACUAAUACAGGAGGCAAUGCAGGGAACAAAAAGGGGGGAAGUAAGGACCCUAAACAAGGCAAUCUUCUAUCAUUCUUUAAGAGGGUCUGAACAUUUCACUUUAGAAUGUAAAUGUAUCAUGUGACUUUGCAUUAUGAAUCCCUUUUUUUUUUGGGCUUGUUUAGGUGGGAUGUCAAGGCGAUGUAGUGGGCUAGCAAUACUUUAAUGUUAAUUGUCUCUUUUGUUAAUGGGUAGUCAAUAUUGUCAA